UUUAAAAUUAAUGUCUAAUAUAAAAAGUUUGUCACAUUCCCCACGUCCACAGACUGGAAAUUAUCAAAAUAACCUAAAAUUUCGACAAAACCAAUUAAAAGCGGAAGAGGAACGUUUAAACAAUUUAUUAUCUUCUAUAGGGCAUUUAUCCGCAUAUGGAGAUGUUCCAGUUUAUGCAUUUUCGACUUUAAUAAGUACAGCACCUCCACAAGCUAUUGCCGAACAUUUACAUCAACGAUGGUUGGCAGAUCAAAAUUUUUCUUUAAUUGCUCCAAAAAUUGUUUACCAAAUGAGUGAUAAUGUUACUGUUUGCUCACAAGUUCUCUCAUUUGCUUUACGCGAUUUCAACACAAGAUAUGAUAUUCGCAAGCAGAGUCGUGCAAUGUUUAGAAAUUUUGUUUGCACUCUUGUAGAGCUUUAUCCUGUUUACAGAAAAAUAGACAAGUGUCUAAGUGCUUGUUUAAUAGACCCUCUAUUUCGUUGUCUUAAAAUGCUAGUGAGUGAGGAUCCGGAUGAUAGAGAUUUACAUUGUUUAGCAAAUGUUAUAGUUAAUUAUGGACAACAAUUAUCUUUAUUAAAUAAUUCAGAAUGUGAGAGAUUAAUUAUGUCCUGUAGGAGAUGGCUAUGUUCGAAUAAUAUUAAGAUGGAGGAGGAAACUAAAAGACUUUUGAUGAUUGUAGGUUGAUAUUGAAAUUUAAA